AAAAAUAAUUAAAAACAAAAAAACAUAUAGUGUAUAUAUAUAGUGUUAAUUUAGACCGCAUUCUUUUAGAUCAUCUGACUAACGGGGUGUUGACCAGAUAUAACUUCAGUUAGCUUACUAAAAAGCUAUGAUGUGUUGAAAUGUUGGAUACACUGCUUAAAUUAGACUAACUUACGCUACUAGCUAUGUAUAACUUGCUAGCCAGGAAGCAACCACUACUCCCUACUUGCUACUACUAGUAUUAGCUACAUAGUCUAACUGCGAUGUAUUGGUCUAACUAGCUAGCUAGGUGCUCUGAAUUAGCUCGUCCACUAACGUUAUCUGUGCGUGAUGUAAAUGCCCUGAUGCAAUGCUAGCUAGGAAGCUGUAUUAGCUAGUCAGUUUAGCCGUAUUCACGUCCAGCGCACGCUAACAUUACGCCAUUUCCCAACUAGACUUGUUAAUUGUUGCAAUUUUUGUGAGCGAUCCAUUCCAGAGCACUGGGUUGCUUGUAUGCACACAUCUAUUCUUUCUAACUUGCUAGAACAUGAUGGAUGUAGUCUAACUAGCUGAUGUUAGGCAGUGUCACUGCUGUCAUUACGUAUCUGAAAGUAGAUAACGUUAGCUAGAGCUAGCAAGACUUUCUGGGAACGUUAGCGUUAGUCUAGGUAAAGAUCAUGAGUGAUUUAUUUUGUUUACGGGCAUAUAUCACACCAGAUGUGCCAGAUAUAAUCAUCAGGAAUAUAUUAAAAUAUUGAUUGAUUGAUCAAAUGGGACAGUCAGAAUUGUACAUUUGAAUUGUGAUUGUAUCGUUAAAGUGAGCAAAAACCUUACCGGUUGUAACAGUUUUUUCUUUUACCUUUCAUUUAUGACCAGGCACUGUCAUGCAAUCGGAGUUGAGUCGUGGGGUGGUGCAGAAGCUAAGGGGAUAGCCAACAAGUGGCUACCUUAUAUAGCCAGCAUGGGCACGGCAUCCUCUCUGGUGAGCCCCGGGGAGGUGAUUGAAGAUGCGUAUGGGGGCGAGGGCGGGGAGGCGUGCGAGAUACCUGUGGAGGUGAAACCCAAAGCUCGGCUCCUGCGCAGCUCCUUUCGCCGUGGCCCGCGGGUCAUUGGCGCCAGCUUCAAGUCCACUGGCUCGGUUGACCUGGAAUAUGCCGCGGAGUAUGAACGGCUCAGGAAGGAUUACGAGAUAUUUCGAGUCAGCAAGAACAACGAGAUAACUUCCAUGCAGAAAAAGGAAGCCAAGCUGGAUGAGGAAAACAAGAGACUGCGUGCUGAACUGCAGGCUUUACAGAAGACGUAUCAGAAGAUUCUGAGGGAAAAGGAAAGUGCCCUGGAGGCUAAGUACCAGGCCAUGGAGAGAGCAGCCACGUUCGAGCAUGACAGGGACAAGGUCAAGCGGCAAUUUAAAAUCUUCCGUGAGACGAAGGAAAAGGAGAUCCAGGACCUACUGAGGGCCAAACGGGAGUUGGAGGCCAAGCUGCAGCAGCUGCAAGCCCAGGGCAUUCAGGUGUACGACCCGGCCGACUCUGACUCUGAUGACAACCGCACCAGCGUUACGACUGCAGGAACACAGAGUGAGUACUGGAGUGGUGGAGUUCUGGGGAGUGAGCCCUCUAUGGGCAGUAUGAUGCAACUGCAGCAGACGUUCAGAGGACCGGAGUUUGCCCACAGUUUAAUUGACGUGGAGGGUCCUUUCGCCAAUGUAAGCAGAGAUGAUUGGGACACUGCUGUGGCUAGCUUGCUGCAGGUGUCACCACACGUGUCUCAGGUCCUGUGGAGCAACACUGUGCGCUGCUAUCUCAUGUGCACCCUGGAGACUCAAGCUGAAGUAGACCUCUUCAUCAAGAAUUACUGCCCCAGACUGCAGAGGCUGUGUGAAGGGCUGGGCCAUUUCUACCUCAAUGUGUCUUUCCCCGAUGACAGCGCCACCGGCUACGUGGCAGAGCGUAGGCAGGAGAUCGAGAGGAGCUCUGUGUGCAUCCUGCUCCUCAAGUCGUCUGUUACUAGCUCGCUACUGGAGGACGCUGAGGAGGCUUUUGUGAAGAACACAGAGGCCCGGCCGCUGAUGCUGUACCUCCGGUCCGGGGAGGGCGCCUCUCUCUCAGGCCCGGCCGGGGACCUGGUGGACAAAAUCACCACCGCUGACAAGGCCGGAAAAAUCAAGGUCAUUAACCACAUUGGACCUGCAGAAGCGGGGGCGUCUUUGAUAUAUACUCAGCUGGAGAAGGUCAUUAAACAGGAGCUCCUGGGUCACGAGGGGAUGGACAGCAGCGAGGGCAAAGACUCGGGGGCGGAAGAUGAGCACGAGGAGGACUGUGGCGACGUUCUGUGGGACCUGCAUGACGAGCAGGAGCAGAUUGAGGCCUACCAGCAGGCCUCCAGGUCUGCCUCCCACCUGGGCUUCCAGAAGUACAUCGAGCGCCUGAAUGACAUGGUGGCUGCACCCCCUCCCAUCCCCCCUCUGUUGGUGUCGGGAGGUCCUGGCUCAGGAAAGUCCCUCCUCUUAUCUAAAUGGAUUGAACUACAACAGAAGAAUUCUCCCAGUACUCUGAUCCUCUAUCAUUUUGUUGGACGUCCCCUUUCUCCAAGUUCUGAGCCUGUACUCAUGAUCAAAAGGCUUACUGUCAAGCUCCUUCAGCACUUCUGGUCCAUAUCGGGCCUGUCCAUGGACCCCUGCAAGACCCUGGAGGAGUUUCCCCGCUGGCUGGAGAGGCUGUCCUCACGACACCAAGGCAACAUCAUUAUCAUCAUCGACUCCAUCGACCAGAUACAGCAAGCAGAGAGGCACAUGAAGUGGCUCAUUGACCCGCUUCCUGUCAAUGUGAGGGUAGUGGUGUCCGUCAACGUGGAGACCUGCCCACAGGCAUGGAGACUCUGGCCCACGCUUCACCUGGAUCCUCUGCACCCCAAAGACGCGAAGGCGGUGAUAACCGCGGAGUGCCUGGGGGCCGAUGUCGGGCUCAGCAAAGAGCAGGAGAAGAAGCUGGAACGGCACUGUCGCUCCGCCUCGACCUGCAACGCUCUCUACGUCUCUCUGCUGGCCAAAGUGAUCGCCAACACGUGGACAGUCUGGUGUUUGGACAGGACCCUGGAGCAGUGCCUGCUGUGCCAGGACACUGUGUCUCUGUACAGGCUGGCCCUGCGGGUGGUCCUGGACAUGCUCAGCACAGACAGAAACAAACGCAUCAUGAGAGAGAUGCUGUGUCUGGUCUGCAUGAGCCACAAUGGCGUCAGUGAGUCAGAGGUGAUGGAGAUAUUUUCAGAAUUGAGCUGGCCAAUCCUGGCCUCUCUGCUCUACAAGCUGCAGAGCCUGUGUGUUGUCACCCUUAAUUGCGGCCUCAUCAAGUUCCAGCACUUGCAGGCCUGGGAGGCUGUGAGACUGGAGUUCAUCGAUGGAGAGGCCUGUUCUUCCCACAGAGAGAGACUGAUCCAGUACUUUAGCCAGCAGCUCAGUCGGGACAGGGUCACAUGGCGGGUCGCGGAUGAGCUGCCCUGGCUUUUCCAGCAGCAGGAGGACAAGGCCAAAUUGCAGAGCUGUCUGCUCAACCUAUUCGUCUCCCAAAAUCUCUACAAGAGGGGUCAUUUCUCAGAGCUGCUGGCCUAUUGGCAGUACGUGGGCAAAGACAAGAGCUCCAUGGCCACGGAGUAUUUUGACUCCCUGAAGCACUAUGAGAAGAGCUGUGACAGUGAGGACAGCAUGGUCAGGCUGGCCAACCUCUACGAGACGCUGGGCCGAUUCCUCAAGGACCUGGGCCUCCUCGGCCAGGCGGUGGCUCCCCUGCAGAGGUCUCUGGAGAUCCGGGAGACGGCGCUGGAUCCAGACCACCCCAGCGUGGCCCGGUCCCUGCACCAGCUGGCCGGGGUCUACGUGCAGUGGAGGAAGUUUGGCAACGCAGAGCAGCUGUACAAGCAGGCCCUGGAGAUCAGCGAGAACGCCUACGGCUCCGACCACGCCUGUGUGGCCCGGGAGCUGGACUCCCUCGCCCUGCUCUACCAGAAACAGAACAAGUAUGAGCAAGCAGAGAAACUGAGGAAGAGGGCUUUAAAGAUUCGGCAGAAGACUGCUCGCCAGAACGGAAAUAUGUAUGGCUUCACCCUGCUGCGUCGCCGGGCUCUGCAGCUGGAGGAGCUGAGUCUGGACAAGGACACGGCCGACUGCGCCAAGACCCUGAACGAGCUGGGAGUGCUCUACUACCUGCAGAACAACCUGGAAGCGGCGAAGGUGUUUCUGACGCGUUCGCUGGAGAUGCGUCAGCGCGUGCUGGGGCCCGAGCACCCGGACUGCGCACAGUCCCUCAACAACCUGGCGGCCCUGCACUGCGAGCGGCGGGAAUACGAGCACGCCGAGGAGCUGUACGAGAGCGCCCUGGACAUCCGCCGCCGGGCCCUCUCCCCGGACCACCCAUCCCUGGCCUACACCGUCAAACACCUCGCCAUGCUGUACAAGAGGAGGGGGAAACUAGAGAAGGCGGUACCCCUGUAUGAGCUGGCCCUGGAGAUCCGGGAGAAGUCAUUUGGCCCCAAGCACCCCAGUGUGGCCACUGCUUUGGUCAACCUGGCUGUGCUCUACUGCCAACUGAAGAAGCACGGCGAAGCACUGCCUCUCUAUGAGCAGGCGCUGAAGGUCUAUGAGGACAGCCUUGGCCGAUCUCACCCCCGCGUGGGAGAGACGCUCAAAAACCUGGCUGUACUGAGCUACGAGGAGGGCGAUUUUGAGAAGGCAGCAGAGCUGUACAAACGGGCCAUGGAGAUCAGAGAGGCGGAGCCCUCGCUGGUGUGCGGGAAGGCCCCGUCCCGCCACUCCUCCAGCGGGGACACAUUUAGCCUGCGGGGCCCCGCCCUGCACCCUAACGCCCCCAGAAUUGGGCAGUCGAAUCCCACAUUUCUUGUGAUGACUUCCAGUGAGAGCUAUGUACUCCGAAAGAAACCACCCGGAAUGUUGCUUCCAGGGGCUCAUAAGGUGGACAGAGAGUAUCAGGUCCAGAAGGCCUUGUUCUCUGCUGGAUUUCCUGUGCCCAAACCCUUACUAUACUGUGCUGACAUAUCUGUCAUUGGGGCAGAAUUCUACCUGAUGGAGCAUGUGCAGGGGCGCAUUUUUCGGGACCUGAGGCUCCCUGGGCAGAGCCCGGCUGAGAGAGCUGCCCUGUACAUCGCUGCCACUGAAGUCCUGGCCAGGCUGCACUCAGCUGAUUUGGCAGCCCUGGGCCUGAGCAGCUACGGUAAAGGCGCUGGGUACUGCCAGCGGCAGGUGUCAACCUGGACAAGACAAUACAAGGCUUCUGCCCAUAAAGAAAUCCAAGCAAUGGAUGAUCUCUCUGACUGGCUGGUAAAGAACCUGCCGACCAGUGACAGCCAAGUUACCCUCGUGCAUGGGGAUUUCCGAUUGGAUAAUCUUAUUUUCCAUCCCACGGAGGCUCGUGUGCUUGCGGUGCUGGACUGGGAGCUCUCCACCACAGGCCACCCCAUAGUGGAUCUGGCCUACUUCCUGAUGCCGUACUACUGGCCAAGCAGCUUCCACAUCCUGGACUCAAUGGGGGGAAUGAAAGGGCUUGAAGGCGUUCCGGCACCCGAAGACCUCAUCACCACGUACUGCCGCUGUCGACAGAUCCCUGCUUCUCUGCCUGAGUGGAAUUUCUUCCUCGCCCUUUCAGUAUUCAAAAUGGCCGCCAUCGCUCAGGGGGUCUACGCUCGCCAUCUCCUGGGAAACGCCAGCUCUCCUGAUGCUGCUUGCAUUGGCCAGAGUGUGGAGCCCUUAGCACAGACAGGACUGAACGUCGCUCAGAGGGCACGUCCCCGUGGCAGCGAGGCACUCCCGUCAGACGAGUCACAUCUCUUUCCCCAGAGCAGAAAGGGCCAGCUGGUGCUCGGCCAGGUCCGGGACUUUAUGAGCGCACACGUGCUUCCUGCCCAGCAGGAAGUAGCAGAGUACUAUGGGAAAAACGCGCAUUCGCCCCUGAGGUGGAGCACGCCUCCAGUUAUUCAGGACCUGAAGAAAAAGGCCAAAGCCGCGGGGCUGUGGAACCUCUUCCUACCCUCUGUCAGUGGCCUCAGUCAGCUUGACUAUGCCCACAUCGCCGAAGAGACCGGGAAGUGCUUCUUUGCCCCUGAGAUCUUCAAUUGUCAAGCUCCUGACACUGGGAACAUGGAGGUGCUCCACAUGUAUGGCACUGAGGAGCAGAAGAAGAAGUGGCUGGAGCCUCUGCUCCAAGGGGAGAUCCGAUCCUGCUUCUGCAUGACUGAGCCAGAUGUAGCUUCCAGCGAUGCCACCAACAUGCAGUGCACCCUUCAGAAGGAAGGAGGCCAUUAUGCCAUUAACGGGAAGAAAUGGUGGAGCAGUGGAGCUGGCAACCCUGACUGUAAGGUGGCCAUUGUGCUGUGCAAGAGCGUGUCACCGAACUCCUCCCAAAGACACAAGCAGCACAGUAUGAUUCUGGUCCCAUUAGACACACCAGGCGUGCAAAUCAUCAGACCUCUGACAGUGUUUGGGCAGGACGAUGCCAUGCACGGCGGACAUUUUGAGAUACACUUCAAUAGCGUGUGCGUGCCUCUGUCCAACAUCCUUUUAGGUGAGGGUUGCGGGUUCGAGAUCGCCCAGGGGCGGCUGGGACCCGGGCGUCUGCACCACUGCAUGAGGGCCGUGGGCUUGGCUGAGAGAGCCCUGGAGCUCCUGAGCCAGCGGGCCGCAGACAGACACGCCUUCGGGAAGAAGCUGUACCAACACGAGGUAGUUGCCCACUGGAUUGCAGAGUGUCGCAUCGCCAUAGACCAGACCCGCCUGCUGACCCUCCACGCCGCCCACGCCCUUGACGUCCAGGGCAGCAGGGCCGCCAGGAAGCAGAUCGCUAUGAUUAAGGUGGUUGCUGGGAGGAUGGCCUGCAAAGUGGUGGACUGUGCCAUCCAAGUUUACGGGGGUGCUGGCGUGUCUGGGGAUUUCCCUCUUGCUCAGAUGUACGCAUAUGCGCGGACGCUGCGCCUGGCCGACGGGCCGGACGAGGUGCACCUGUCCUCCAUCGCCCACAUGGAGCUGAGGGACCAGUACAGGAAGGCCACCGCCAAACUGUGACCCCAGAGUCCCGCCGCUCCGCCCUCUACGCAUCAUAACCCCACCCCCUACGCAUCAUAACUCCGCCUCCACGUUCACGCCCACAGAGCUGCCAUUCAGUUAGGGCAGGGCUGCCGUGCAGGUUUUCAUUUCUACCCUAAGGUGGCACAUCUGAUUCUGCUAAUUAACAGCUCUACGAGAUCACUAGCUAUUGCAUCAGAUUCGCUUCAUUAGGUUUGGAGUAAAAACCGGUAGUUGUUUUUCUUUGACAAAAGCUGUUGUGAUUCUGAAAUGUCAGGUAGCCGUUUAAUCUGCUUCAGCUCAUUCAAAUAUAAUUUUUGACUGUUUUGUUUUUGAACUCACAGCAUCAAAGCUUGAAUGUGCCUUUUUGUGUGAAUUAUUUAUGAGCUAUUGAUGUUGAUAUUAAUGAAAUUAAAGGCUUUACCCGGA